UAAGUGCAGCAGAAAAUGUCCAGCUGUAGUAUUGCCCAGGGGUACCUAAGGAUGUGUCCACCUGUGAAUUUUGUGGCCACGCCCACUCAGGGAGGUGCCAGGAGUGUUUUUUUUCCCAGCAGAGGCCUCGCUGCUGCACACUUUUCAUGAUGAAACAACACUUUGAAGGCUUAUUUUCUUGCUAGAAACAAUGUGUGGGAAGCGAGGACGCAGAGGUGGACACCAUGAGGACUUCUCCUUUGUCAGCCCCGUGGUUAAAUACCUGCUCUUUCUAUUCAACUUCAUCUUCUGGCUUAUCGCCAUGGCCAUGAUGGCUAUUGGUGUGUACGCCCGCGUGGAAAAACAUGCAGAGACGGCCUUGGCGUGUCUCUCAGUGGACCCGGCCAUGAUGCUGCUGGUGGUGGGGGUCCUCAUGUUCAUCAUCACCUUUUGUGGCUGCGUGGGCUCGCUCAGGGAAAACAUUUGUCUGCUGCAAUUUUUCUGCAUCAGCCUGACCAUCAUCUUCUUGCUCCAGCUGGCUGCUGGUGUGCUGGGAUUCAUCUUCUCAGAUAAGGCACGCCACAAAGUGACCCAAAUGGUCACCAAUGCCAUCGUGCACUACAGAGACGACAUCGACCUGCAGAACCUCAUCGACUUUGGCCAGAAGGAGUUUGGCUGCUGUGGUGCUGUGGAGUACGGAGACUGGUCCAAGAACAUGUACUUCAACUGUACUGCUGCCAAUCCGAGUCUGGAACGCUGCGCUGUGCCUUUCUCCUGCUGCAUCAUCACCAAAGACAAGGUGGAGGUGAUCAACACCAUGUGUGGUCAGGGCAUGCAGGAGAUGGAAUACCUGGAAGCCAGCAACUACAUCCACACCAACGGCUGCAUAGACAAAGUGGUGGACUGGAUCCACAGCAACCUCUUCCUGCUUGGGGGCAUCGCCCUGGGACUGGCUAUCCCCCAGCUGGUGGGCAUCCUCCUGUCUCAGAUUCUCAUCAGUCAGAUUAAAGACCAGAUCGAGCUGCAGAACUACAACUUGAAGCACCACUCUGACCCGUGGAGCUGAAAGCACCAGCAGGUGAUGCCACCUGUUGCUAGGACGCAAUCAAGAAAUAAAAUGGUCACACAGCAGCCGCAACCUUUGCCUCACAUGGCACGGAAAGGACAGGGAGACCCGCGAAGAACAAGGAAGUCGGCUUGCUUAAUGACUGCACUUACUUGUUUUCUAUUGUGUGCUUUGUAUUUUGUGGCAACAGCACCGUUUGCUGGAUGUGAUGGAAGUGCACGGUCAGGUGGCGAUGUAAAAAAUUGACUUUUUAUGGCAAAUUGUUACAUUUUCUAGAUGCCAGUCCUAAGUUUGGACACACCUUCCCAUUAUCUCGAAUGAGAAUGCGUCCCCAAAAUUUUGGCUGGCUUUGUUUAGUUUGUGUUUGUUUCUUUUCCGCUGCUUUUCAUUUAAACGUGCACCUUUUCUGUUACAGAUGUAAAAAAAGAUGAACAUAUAACUCCAGUAUUGUGUUUUUAAUGCACUGUGCCUGCAAAAGCAAAGUGUCCGCUAGAGUUUUUAAUGGACUUUAGGUAACUAUUUCAUCAAAUAAAGCAGUUUUCAGUGUCUUGCUGUUACAUUCAGACAUUGAGUGCAGUGUUGCCAACUUGGCAAUUCUAUCGCCAAAUCUGGCAACAUCCCCCCCCCCAUAAAUACGACAUACUUUGUCGAAAGCGACUACCGUAGCUACAUAUCUAGCCACGUUUUCUGGCGUCGUUCGGGAGUUUGCUAGUUGCAUUUUACAACGUCAUGUGCAAAUUAGACGAUGGUGUCAUCUAGCGACUUCUAGGGCAGCCAGUGGCUACUUUUCUUACUGAAAGUUGGCAACCGUGAUCGUGUGUUCCUCCUUGGCGAAUAAAAACACACAUUGGCAACACACAACGUAAACACGAGCGUUGUUAGCCUUCCAACGCCUACAUCCACAAAGACCGACUGCACUUUGUGUGUGGUCCUGACUUUUUUUUUCUUCAUGACUCAAGCAGGAGGCGGACACACACACGCUCCACUAAAUGAAUGACAACUACGCAACCACAGAGCAGAUUACACUUGUUUCUUAGGUUUUCAUUCCAAAUCCAAACUCCUGACUUCAUGACCACCUCGCCCUGUGGACAAGAGAGUGGAUGUCCAUAAAAUAACCUUAAUACGACAACAAACUGUUUCACUCCAGUCCGUUACUUCCUGAACCAUAAAGAGUGGACGGUUAGAGCAGUACACUUGCUCACUUGAACUUUAUUCAGAACUUUACAGCAGGUACCCUUCGCACAUGUAACUAGCCCCGAGUGACUUCCUGUACCGUGUUCCCCACACCAAACAUUCCCCCUGCAACUUGUGCUAAGUCUAAACAUUCCCAUUACAAUACUAUUGUAACACAAACAGCAACAAAAAAAGUAAAAUCAACUGUAUUGUCGUAGUCAAUGCAGUUGAAUUGAGUACUUUCAUAACUAGAGCAUAACUAGUCACCUGUUUAUGACUUUCUAAAUACAGUUUCCAACAUCACAAAGCUCUCUAGACGUGAAAUAACACGCCUAUCCACACCUGUGCAACUCUUGUGCCGCAGGGACUCGAGACGGCGCUAGCUAGCGUGCUAACCAGUUAGCCUCGAUUUUAUUUCUUCCAAACUUAAGAAGCCCAAAACUUACCACCUCCACACGGAAUGGAAGAAUAACUUUUUUCACUCUAUCAUGCACGCCAUGUUUGACGUCAUGACAGUUUUAAGGUAAUGUAAUCUAAGGUAACGUGUCAUCAGUGUUGUGUGUCAUUACUGCCGCCUAGUGACCAGAAAACUACCAGAAAACCACUUAUAUUUCAAUAUGCUUUGACUAAUCAUAGACCGUAGUCUACCACGAAACAGCCAUCAUUUAAUAAUUAAUGAAUUUAUGAAAAAACGCGAUCUAGCCAGGGGCAACUGAUGUGGUGAAGGUUUGAAGUUCUACCUUGGAUGGCUGUACUUCUGCACGUUGGCCAGCAGAGGGUACUGUUGUACAGUUUACAGUAUCUUAAAACUAUAUUUAAAACAGUCGGGUCAAAAAGUGCCUAGAAAACAUCUACGGAUGUCUCACUCUUUUUACCAUUUGUAUGUUUUUUUGUAAGUUUAAUCAACUUUGUUGCCAUUGUCAAUGUGUAUUAAUUAAUUAAAUAUUAUUGACGUCAAUAAAGUUCCCCAAAUAAAUGAAAAUGGAAGGGAAAUACAUAUAUAUUGUUGGAUAUACGUAUUUCUAUAUGUGUACCUGUAUACGUAAGUGUCUCGCAGGACUGCAAUCUAUCUGUGGUGUUGGAUUGCAGGGAGCAGAUGUUGCCAUCAUCUAAUUUGAGUAAUUAUAUUUAAUUACAUUUUUUUUUAAGUGGCGCCAAAUCUAUUUAUGGCAGUGCAAAUGUAUCUAUGGUGGACUGCCACAAAUAAAUUAAUGUAUACAUAUUUGUUGGUAUAUAUGUGGGCGUGUGUGUGUGUGUCUGUGUGUGUGUGUAUACAGUGUAUUAGAAACAGAAUGACAAAUAACCAUAAAGAAUCUAUGAAUGUCUCCAUUUAAAAUAUUAUAUAUAUAUAUAUAUAUAUAUUUGUAACUUUA